AUGAAGCUGAACUUUUGCUUCCUUCUCAUCCUCCUCCUCCUCCUCCAGAUGACAAUCCCAGGGAGUGCUCAGUGCUCCUUAGACUCCAUUGUGGAUAAAAAGAUAAAGGAUGCUCUCACUGGUCUAGAGCUCAAUCCUUCUGCCCCAGCAAAGAGGAUCUCACGUUUCAGUGUCACGAACUCAGGCAAACUGUCUUUCUGCCCUGCAGAUCUACCUCUGGGGUGCAUAUGGAUGAAAGGUGAUUAUGAGUGGACCUCAUCCAUCUCAAAAUCAAAGGGAUCUGAUGUCUAUGUCUCAUGUGCUCAUGCAAGGUCGGUUGUCACUGGCUGUGCUUGUGGCUAUGGCUGUGGCUCCUGGGAUGUCGGGGGAACCACAUGCCACUACCAGUGCAACCCAGUAGAUUGGACCACUGCCUGCUGCUGCUGCCUGACCUGA